CUGCAUCCUCGUUCUUCAAGCCCAUCGUCAUACAAGGGCAAACAUUUGUCGAUGGUGCCACGGGAUACAACAAUCCCGUUGAAGAAACUCUGGACGAAGUGGAGCAAAUAUGGCUCACUAGCGGUCGUCGUAUCGAGAGAUUCUUAAGCAUUGGCACAGGAAAGCCUGGGAUGUCACCUUUUGGGAAGAAUCUUAAGAACCUUGGCGAGACCUUGAUUAAGAUCUCGACGGACACUGAACAAGCCGCCGAGAGAUUUGAAAAGACUGUUGUGCGAAUUAAUGGCCUCAGCGGGCUCUACUUUCGCUUCAACGCACGCGGUCUGGAGAAGGUUGGCUUGGAGGAUCACAAGAGUCUUUGUAUGAUAGCUGCGGCAACGAACAGCUACCUCAACGAGCAUGAAACUCUCCAAAAGCUGAAUGCAUUUGCUGCAGCUACUCCAUGUACGUAGGACCUGGCAGUCUCGGCCAUUAUUGCGACAAUCCAGGG